AUGGCUGAUGAGCAGAAGCCCACCAAUGUGGAGGCCGAGCAGGAUGUCCAGAACGUUCUAGCUGAGCUGAAGGGAGAGAAUGGUGCCGAGAACACUGCCCAGGAAGAUCCCGAGGAGGCUCGCAUUGUUGCCGAGGCCGCUAAGCUGGGCGAGAAGUCCGAAAAGUCGCAGCAGUCUGAGGAGAAGCCCCAGCGCGAAUACCGUAACCAGCGCAGCUUCCGCAACAACAACAACUUCGACGCUGACUCCAAGGCUCAGACCGACGAUCCCGUUGAGAUCCGCAAGCAGGUCGAGUUCUACUUCUCCGACUCUAACCUGCCCGCCGACAAGUUCCUGCUCGGCAAGGUCGGUGGCAGCGCCAACAACGCUGUGCCUCUGGAGCUCCUGCACUCUUUCAAGCGCAUGCGCCGAUUCCAGCCUUUCAGCGCUAUUGUCGAGGCCCUUAAGACUGCCGAGAACGUUGAGCUCGUUGACAACGACACCGCCGUGAAGCGCAAGGUCCCUCUUCCCGAGUCAGUCACCGCCGAGACCAACGAGGAUGUUGUUAAGGUUUUCGAAGAUAAGGCUAUGGCCCGCAGCAUCUACGCCAAGGGCUUCGGUCGUGAGGAGCCCAGCACCCAAUACGAUAUUGAGCAGUUCUUCGCUCCCUUCGGCCCCGUUAACGCUAUUCGUCUCCGCCGUGGCGGUGACAAGGGUUUCAAGGGCAGCGUUUUUGUCGAGUUCGACUCAGAGGACAAGCAGAAGGAGUUCCUGGCUCUGGAGAAGAAGCCCCAGUGGAAGGACCAAGAUCUUCUGAUCAAGAGCAAGAAGGAGUACUGUGACGAGAAGGUUGAGGAGAUCAAGGCUGGCAAGAUCGAGGCUAACCCUCGCCGCGGCCGUGGUGGUCGUGGUGGUGGCCGUGGUCGUGGCGGCCGCGGAGGUCGUGGUGGUCGUGGUGGCCGUGACCGUGGUGACCGCAACGAGCGUGACUGGCGUGAGCGCCGCGACGAGGACAAGAAGAGCGGUUUCCGCCAGGAGAAGGACUCUCGUGGCGUCCCUGUUAUCCAGAGCACUGCUGGUGACAAGCGUUCUCGUGAUGACGACAACAGUGGCGAUCGCCCCGCUAAGAAGGUCGAUGCUAAGGAGUAA